CAAGCAACGACUUCAUUCGAGGAUCUUUCCAUCCAACAUCCAUCAUGCCAGCAGAGGAAUUCUAUGUGCGAUACUACUCCGGUCAUCAAGGACGCUACGGACAUGAGUUUAUCGAGUUUGAGUUCCAUGCUGACGGACGUUGUAGAUAUGCCAAUAACUCCAAUUACAGGAAUGACUCUUUGAUCAAAAAAGAAAUGACUGUGAGUCCCCUGAUGAUCAAGGAACUCAAGCGGAUCAUUGACGAGUCUGAAAUUAUGAAAGAAGAUGAUCAAAAAUGGCCAAAGAAGAAUGUUGUUGGGAAGCAGGAGCUUGAAAUUCGAUUUGGCAAUGAACACGUCUCCUUUGAGACUGCCAAAAUUGGAUCACUUGUUGAUGUUCAAGGAAGUGAAGAUCCCGAAGGAUUGCGCGUAUUUUACUACUUGGUUCAAGAUCUCAAGUGUCUAGUGUUCUCACUGAUCACUCUGCAUUGGAAGAUUAAGCCUAUCUAAAUCAACAUUCAGAGUAGUUAAUGUGAAUAAAAUGCCAAAGUCGCCCAAUCCAGGGAUAACAUAUUUCUUCUCGUCCAGAUGUUCAUCUAGCUCCGCAGUGAUGAUCUUGAUCCUUG